AUGACAUUAUGUUGUAUCGAAACAGAUGACACUAUUUGUCAAACAUUGCCUUGUUUACCCUCUCUAAUCAAAUGGAAUAUAACAACAAUGAGAGAUGAUAAUAAUAACAAUAUUCAACCACCAGUGAAAGAAGAGCCAUUGACUUUUGAUAAUGAUGUUAGACAUUUGAUGUCGGCUCUUGGUCUGAAAUCAAAGCCACAACAGAAACAAAUCGAAACAUUGUCAAAAUCACUCGUACGAGUUCCAUUACCCAUUACUCCGUUCAAACGUCGAACUCGAAAACGAAUAUCAACUAGUGCAGAAUUAGCUAUGCCCCUCUGUUUAUUAAAUUUAAAUAAAUUUGAUAUCAAAGAUAUACUUUAUUUUGUCGUAUUUGAUUUAUGGGAAAUAUCUAUCAUAAAACUAUAUGAAGAAUAUUGUGCUACAGAGAAUAUCGAUAUAUCAUUGGAUAAACAAAUAAAAACAUGUGAUAGAUUAAUUACGACGAGUACUAGUCCAAUAUAUUUCCCACGACGUCGAGAUACUCAUAUGAAACGACAAGUACAAUAUCAUGCAAUAUUACGAAAUGCUGGUAUUAGACCAUGUACUGUUCUAUUACAUCGAUUAAAUUCACCUCCGAUUGAAAAUUUAUUACCAAUUAAACAAUUUCAUGAAAAAUCAAAUUUAACUUCAUUAGCUAUAAAACAACAAUCAAAAACAGCAAUAACAACAACAGUAAAAGUGAAAAAGCUUCGAUCAAGAAAGAAGAAAUAUCAAAUAAAACGAUCACCUUCACCUUCAAAUGAAAAUAAACCACAAUCAAUACCAUCAACGUUCAAACGAAAAGCGCUUCCAUCCAAAUCACCAUGUGAUCUCACCGAAUUAACAAAUUCUAACACAACAAAACGUCAGAAAACGAUUACUGUCAACAACAGUGAUUAUCUGAUUGAAAAUAUGACCAAAGCUCCAUUACUACAAACAGCACAUCUAUCCAAAUUCGAUAGUAUCUGUCUGAAAUGUUUCAUAUGUAACAUUCGACAAGUUCUUUCGUUUGAUACUCUAGCAUACGAUCUUCAUUCACAUUGGCAACUACACAAAAAGUCGAAUAUCACAUAUAAUAUCUACGAUACAGUUAUGGACAAGAAAUGCUUUCGGAUGGUAGAAUAUUUCAUACCAUCGCAACAACCUGCAAUGGAAGGAAAACCAUUGGAUAUUUUCAUUACUCAUGGCAAAGAACUACAACAAGAACAAAUGGUGAUCAUUAGUGACGAUGAAAAUGAGGAUAUUAUUUGUCUUGACUAA